CAACAGACAUUUCAUAGCAUCGGUCGCGGUCGUAUUCGCUGCGAAUGGCUUCGUGUGUUGUGUGCAUCGACACUCAUCAUCAUCACCGAUCACUGUGUGCUUGCGAGUUGUGACUUGUGAUGUGCUUUAGUUUGGUGCGUUCGUGUGCAGUGAUGGAGUGCUGACAGUUUGUGGACACACAAUGUUAAAACAAAAGUGAACAGUAAAACAUACAAUGAAUAACAAGUGAAAACAAUUUGAAUACAAUAAUAAGUUGGCAUCGCAACAAUGAAUCGCAAUCAUAAAGCGACGCGAACCAACCGAUCCCCGAGACACGUAUUGGACAACGAUGCUGAGUUCAACGCGAACCAAUUCAAACUCUACGAUGAUUUCACAACUGAUCUACGCAUUGGCUUCAAUACUUUGCAAAAUAUUCACGAUGUCAUGAGAAAUGAAUUCAGAAGGAGAGAUUUUGAUGAUUCCGGAGUGGAUCUAGAGAACGGCAAUAUUAGAGAUGGUGAUUUGUUGGAGAACGAGGUUAUGCUAGACCCUUGGAGCAGCAUGGACUCCUCAAAUUCACCAUUGACUGACUCAGGACCAUCCGCUAGCGACGACUGCGUACCCUCGACAUCAAGUGAAUCUCGCCGACCUCUAAAUGACUAUUCUCCUGAAUCACCAGAUACGCGCCGCAAUCUAGAUUCAAAAGUACCAAACAGCAAACAGGCAACUAGUGACAAGGCGCGUUCACGUGAUUUUUCAUUAGAAUUGGAUACGAUACAGUCCAACACUAGGGCACGGCGAUCGAAUUUCCUUGAUGAUGAAUUCCAAUUACAAUCAAAAACUAAUUUAGAAUGCCCAAUUCCUAAACCACAUUUUCUCGAUCAUUCUCCUUCGCCAGAUGAAUACGAUGAAUGUAGUGAUAUCACCAAUCCGAACUUUCUAGACGAUGAUGAUGUAGACGAUAAUCAAACACAGAAAAAAGCGGGGGCUCUGCCUAAAAGACCGACUAAUAAAACUCAGUCUUCCACAUAUAAAUCUCAUGAAAAUAGGCCGCAUGGGACCAGCUACCGCAGCUCAUUGCACUAUGGCUUAGAAAGUGCGGCCAGGUCAAGUGAACGACAUAAACGUGCUUCCCAGUUGUACACAGGAACUUGGCCAGGCGAGCGCGAUGUAUGGACAGGUCAUGAUUCUUCAAGCGUAAAAAGUUUCUCAAGCAAUGGCUCGAAUGAUUGCUCUCGCCCAUCAUCAAAUCUUGAAAACAAAAUGGAGUGCGUCUGCUCAUUAAUAUCCCUCCUCAGCCUAUCACCAGAGAAUAAUGCAGACCUAAGUGGACCAUUAUUAGACAUGAGUAGGUCUGUCGAAAGUUGCAUUGCGAUGAGACAGGCUGGUUGUAUACCGUUACUAGUCCAAUUAAUUCAGUCAAAAGUCGCCAGAGAAACUAGAGACAGAGCAGCUAAGGCUCUCCGUAAUAUAAUUCAUACACAAACCGAUGAUAAAUCUGGUCGGAGGGAGGCUAGAGUCUGGAGACUCUUGGAGCAAGUCAGGGAAUAUUGCUACGUAUUAGAAGAUAUAGUUGAAGCUAGAAAAGAAAAUAAAGAAUUGAUUGAAGACGAUACAACGAAACAUCCUAGCCAAAGCGUCGCGGCGCUGAUGAAGCUUUCAUUCGAUGAGGAACAUAGACACGUUGUAUGUCAACUUGGUGGUCUACAGGCGUUAGCAGCGUUAGUCAGCGGUGACCAAGCGGCCCAUGGCAGCAGAACUGAUGACAGCACUUGUUUAACAAUGAGAAAAUAUGCUGGAAUGACCCUUACAAACUUAACUUUUGGAGACGGCAAUAAUAAGUCUUUGUUAUGUUCUUUUAAAGAUUUUAUGCUUGCAUUAGUAGAACAACUGGAAUCUCCAAAUGAUGACAUGCGGCAGGUAACUGCUGCAGUUCUAAGGAAUUUAUCAUGGCGGGCAGAUACAAAUAGUAAACAAGUGUUAAGGGAAGUGGGAGCUGUUAAAGGUCUUACUAAAGCUGCAAUGACUUGUCAAAAGGAAGCCACAUUAAAAUCUGUUUUGUCGGCGUUAUGGAAUCUUACAGCACAUUGUUCUAUGAAUAAAGUGGCGUUGUGUUCUGUCGAAGGAGCGCUAGGCUUCCUUGUUGAUAUGCUCAGUUACAAUUCCCCAACUAAAACACUAGCGAUUGUUGAGAACGCUGGUGGAAUAAUGCGGAAUGUGUCCAGCCACAUAGCUGUACGAGAAGAUUACAGACAAAUUCUCCGCGAGAGAAAUUGUUUAAGUGUCUUGCUGCAACACUUAAAAUCACCAAGUCUUACAGUAGUAAGCAACUCUUGUGGUACUCUGUGGAAUUUAUCUGCAAGGUGCCCUCAGGAUCAACAGUUUUUAUGGGACCAUGGUGCUGUGCCAAUGCUUAGAAGUCUUAUUCACUCAAAGCAUAAAAUGAUUGCUAUGGGAUCAAGCGCAGCACUUAAAAAUCUACUUAAUUCCAAGCCGGGAAAGACACAUAUAAUUUCAUUAGACACUACAGCGAAAAAUAUGAAUUUACCUGCUUUGCCAACGUUAGGGGCGAGAAAACAGAAAGCUUUAGAACAGGAAUUGGAUCAAAAUUUGGCUGAAACUUGCGAUAAUAUUGAACCUGCUACUUCACCAUCUACAAGUAACAGAGAGGAGAAAAAUCUUUUCGUGGCCACGGAAAGGCAAAUUGCAAUGAAUUUAGAAAGGCAUAGAAUGACAUCGAGCUCGCCAUUAAUGGGUAACCUAGCAUCACAAAUAUCGCUAAGUCAUAGCGCCCACCUGUCUAGCUAUUUAAGCUGCAGUAAUACUCUUCUUAAAGGUGCUCUAAUAUCUCGAUCUACUGGAGGAAGUUCGAAUAACGUUAACAGAUCAGACAGCAAAGACUCGGUAACGAGUACACAUUCUGACUCGGUUUUCGAAAGAGUCAUGCGUACAGGGAAAGUGCCAGUACCCACACCUCGAAACAAAGAUCUUAUGAAAGCAGAGAACGCCGAAGGAUCAAAACCUCUGAGAGUGAAUAGCUCCACCUUCGUUACAUAUGCGACCCAACCGCCGAUCCCGCCUCCAAGAAGCUCCACAGAUAUGAGAACUAAUUAUACAGAAUCUGGUUAUGACGUCGACCAAGAUUCUUGCGACCAGCCUAUUGAUUAUAGCAGAAAAUACUCGGAGACUAAGAACAAUGAAGUCGAAAGUGUUGGUAAAGCAAAAGUUGAAAGUAAAAAGUAUUCGAAGAAGGAUACAUUUGGAGACUAUCAAGAAACAGAUCUCGAUCAACCAACAGAUUAUUCUUUACGGUACGCAGAACAUCAUUCGGAAACCGGUUCUGAUAUAUCUGAACCUCCAGGGCCAUCUAUAAACGAAGAUACAAUAAAACACUUUGCGACAGAAGGCACGCCUUACGAAACACCAGUUAUAUUCUCAACAGCGACCUCUAUGUCUGAUUUACGGGUGAUAGGUAAAGAAGGAAAACCAAAGACCAUAAGUGUAAAAGAACAUUCGGAGGUAAUGACACAUUCAGAUGAAAAGGACACUUGUUCUAUAGAAGAUCCACCAAGACACGAUAACGACAGGGCCAUAGGGAGUGAACCGACAGAUAAAUCUGAGGAAAAACAAGGGCUUUUCGACACGAAAUUUAGCUCUGGUAUGAUAAGUCCUGAGAAACCGGUGAACUAUUGUGAUGAGGGAACUCCUGGAUACUUCUCCAGAGUCAGUUCUCUGAGUAGUUUAGGCGAGCCAACGGAGGAAGAUUGCUUAGCUAAGAAAAACGCACAGGCUACUAUAAAUGUUGAUCCAAGUCCACAGGAACAAAGCACUAAUGGUUCAGUGAAAGAUAAGGAAGCAUCAAAAGCAGUCACCUUUGCGAGCGAGCCUGUACAGCAAGAGUCAUCAGGCCAGACGUCGGCGAGGACGUCAUCACCGCAACGGUUCAUAGAGGACACCCCGCUGAUGUUCUCCAGGACCAGCUCACUGGGGUCCCUUCCAGAGUGCUCGCAGCAGGACGACCAGGGUUCUGUCGUGUCUGAAAUUAGCCGCCUCACAUCAGGGUGUAUCUCUCCGAGCGAGAUCCCGGACUCUCCGGGCAUGUCCCCCCGCGCGCCCGACCGACCGUGUCCGGAGACUCCGCCCUCACCACCGGAGGACCUGGGCCGCACCAGGUCCGUGUUCGAGGACCAGCCCAGCCAGUUCGUGGUGGAGAAUACGCCGGCACACUUCUCCCGCGCCACCAGCCUCUCCAGUCUCACCAUCAACGAUGACUCCAAGUCGUUGCAACUGGCGGAGGAGUUCAGCCCCGAAGCGGUUAACUCUCCACCAACCACCGACACCAGGAGACGAGUCAUGGGCUGCACAUCCACCCAACCACCGCUAAGGAUUGCCAACGAAUUCUCCUUUACAGAGAACCAAUCAACGGGCGACAGUUGCAGGGUGUACUUCACAGAAGACACGCCCGCGAUCCUUUCUAAGGCGGGCAGUAACUCCAACCUGUCCGUGCUCUCCAUAGAGUCCAACACUCCCGCGGCCAUCGACACACUCGCCGACGAGAGCGCGGGCCGGGACUCGCACGCCGGCGUCAGCGUCGACGCACACGACACGUCCGACAGCUCCAACUUGAGUGACUCCGCAGACCUGCUGGAAGAAUGUAUACAGAAGGGCAUUGCACAGGUGGUGAAGAACAGCGCAGGCUUCGACGAGCAGCCACAGCACUAUCUCGGCAGGGACGAUGGAUACCGGGCAAUGCAUGUGCGAGCAUCGAGCGCCACCGUGAAGCCACAGGAGCGCGCCACUCACGCUGACAGUCGCGCCCCAGUGGUGCUACCAUCACUACCACCGAAGACACCACCACGUGCGCCACCUCGACCGCCGUAUACCAGACCACAAUUCGAGGCACAUUCUCCCAGUGUGCUUCGUGACAAACCAAAGCUACCUGUUACAUCGUCACUAGCCAGGAAUGACUCGCUCAGCUCGUUGAGUCUGGAUUCGUUUGGCUCCACCGAUCAGGAGAUAUUCGAGGAAACUGUCAAAGCGGGACUCUCUAGUGUAAACCCGCAAGCGAAAUUCAAUUUUAACAACAAACACGAAGGUACUAGACGGCAUAAAUCUCUUGACCGAAGCGACAAGAUACCACAAUAUAAAUCUAAGGUUAAAGAUCCGGAGUUCGAGAGAAAUCUUGCUUCCGGAGUUUAUAACAUAAAGCAGAGCGGUAAAGUGAAGAGGUUGGAUCAAGAGUUUAAUAGAUACGGUGAGCCGUCCAGUAGUUUGCGAAACCGGAGCAGGUUUGACGACGGGCCACCGAGCCUCCCGUCUCGGAUGGACAGGAACCUCGACCGUAGCAGCUCCUUGAGCUCCAUCAGCAACGACUCGUUUGGUUCCACGGAUAAAGAAGUAUUUGAGAGAUGCGUGCGUAUGGGCAUGGCGAAACCGAAGAAACGCGACGAGAAAAGAGUUAGAAGCGACGAUAGACUCGAUGUUCGCGAUCGGAGACGCAAGAAGGAGCGACAAAGUGCUUUAGACAAAAUGGUGGGCGAGGAUUCAAAGGACCGGGCGAUAUUGGAGGAAGUGAUUGCAAAGGGGGCGGGUGAAGGGAGGGAAUUUCAGGAGAAACCGUCAAAAAACGUCCCAGCGCCGCCUGUGCUACUCGCGGUCGCAGGCGCGCGCGCAGACAUCGCGCGAGAAACUGGCUCUGACCAUCACAACAUGGCCUCUGAUCCACGUACUACUACUGGAUCUGACCUACAAGAUACUAUUGGAGCUAGCCAUGACAUCAUGGCCACCAACCAAGGUAUCACAGGGUCUGGUCAGUACAAUAACGAUGUUCAAGAUACUACCAAAGCUAAUUUUGAAGAUAUAUCUACAAAGCAACAAAAUCUUAAUUCUGACGAUCUUGAUGUACGGAAUUCUGGUCAUCCGGAACUACUUAAUCAACAUGCUAUCUCAAACGAACCAUUAACAACAGCUUCUGAUCUUCCGGGGCAAUGUUUUAUCGCCACUAGAUCGAAGCCACAUAUUACAAUUAGCUUUGACCAGCAUCUCGAUUGUCAGCCUAAGCUCCUGGAAAGUUCAAACCAUCAUUUGAAUACCACCAACGCUUCCACAGAAAGAGAGCGAGCUAUAGAUGGCUCCAACGAAUGUCUCGCUCCUAAAUCACUCAACACGACGAUCGAAUCAGAAAAAGAUGAAUUGAAUAGGUCUAAUGAAUCUUAUGCAGAAGUCGAUAACUCUUGGAGCGACGAAUCCCACCAGGAAUGCGGCGGAACGCUGACACGCAACAAACGUAAACCCGCAUGGACAGAUAUCAAACGAGAUGAACAAGACACGUCACGACAUGACGAUUUGUCGCAUCAUGAUACAUGGAACGACACCUGCCCGGAUGACGUCACGUUUCCUACCAUCAGCGGCUCCGUACAUUUGGUUGAGUCCAUCAGCGAAAUGGCAGAUUCAACCCUUCCGGAUUUGUUGGAGAAAAGUGAAGCCAACGUGUUUUCUAGAUUAGACUUGACUGAUAGACUUGAUGUUGUGGGAGAUCAGGUAUUACUGGACGAUGUUCCCGAACCAAGUUUCAACUCGCUCAUAGAUGAGGAACAAAAAUAUGAUUCAAUCAUGGCUUCUGUUAUAGAGAAAGAAGCAGCUAGGCUUGCAGCGCAGUUGAAGUUGUCUAUGGAAAACAGUGCUACAUCGUUGACUUCCAUAGAUUUGGAUCAAGUUAACCCGCCCUCUAAUUUGGGCAGUCUUCUGUCACUGAGCGCGUCGGGACAAUUUGAUGAUCAGCCGAAGAAGAGCCCAAGAAGUAGAAAAAAAUCGCUACCGGUCAGUCUGAUGGUUAAAAGGGCGUUAUCCAACUCUCAUCACCAAGGCAGUUCAGAGCAUUUGGACAGCAAUCAAGCUAGUUUUCUUGAUAACGUGAAACCACCUUCUGAAAUGGAACAUCUCGACAUGGAAGGGAGCAUGACCUCCGUCGCAAGUAUUUCCUCGGAAGUUGCGGAGAGUAAAGAGAAAGCGCUAAUAGUCUUUGAUCUCAAACAGCCUGUUCAUGAUUUUCCGCUUUCAACCAACUUUACGAUAUUCCAUGAUUUGGACAAAGUGAAUCCCCCGUCACUGUUUGAUGAGAUGGUUGAAUCUACUUUAGAAUUGGAACAAACAACCGCCCAGCAAGUUUAUGAUGAUUGUGAAUCGACCCUUAAUGUUGUUACGGAUAUACCUUCGGGGUCAGAUUGUACGCCGCUCCCUUCAGACAUGAGUAGCGUCGAAUCAACUCCUAAAAGACAGAAUAUGAAAUAUUUAACGCCAAAAGAAAAGCGCAAUAUAUCAAACAGAUAUCAAACAUAUACAAUAAGGGACACCGUCACUAACGUUUCCACUGAUGUGGAAGAAUCUGAAUACCUGACUUGGACAAAGUCUGAAAGUGAUCGGUCGGAUGAAUACGUGACAGCAAACUCUGAAUCUAGAUCAAAGAAACGUGUAAGUGCGAAACAGAGAAGAUUAGAUGAUAGAGCUAGAUACCAGACGCAAACUGUCGACAUUCAUAUACUGACGCAAGAUUCGCAGACAACAACUCCUGAUCCGGAAAUUGAGAGUUUAAAGCAACGUUUGGCCGCUAAGAAGACGAUAAAGCAGAAACGCAUUGAAGACGCGGAGAGAUUCCGAACAAGAACUCUUAGUGAAGAUAUUCCUCCGUCACCCACGUUCGUUACGAAAGAUGCGAAUUUCGAGAACAUUGAAACGACCACCGGCUACGAUAGCUUAUCAUCGAAUGAACCGAAUCACCAGCAGAUACUUGACGAUAGAAGUACUGAAGACGUGUUCAGAGAUAUUGACAGCGGACAUACCGACGAUGAUUUUGAACUGAACUCCGAUCGGUUGAAGACGUACACAAAAAGCUUCAGGAACUAUUUACCAGUCGUUGAAAGUCCGGCCGCAGUUGACAUGUGUGUCGUGAAUAACCUUAAGAAUAUUGAAAUGACGGCGUCCUACCGACGGGCUUUGCAAAAUUACAAAAAUAAAAAUCAGAGCAGUAGUGACUUCGCUAGUUACGAAGGUGAUAGCAAUUCCGAGGAGAAACUUCAGUCGGAAUCAGACACUGAAACACCAUGUGUGCCCAAACCUAAGAUCGUGAAACCAGAAUUGAAGCGAGAUAAAAGUCUAGAUUCGAACGAUUCGGAGGAUAAAAAUAUAGAAAUUCCCAAAGUUAUCAGGGGCAGAAAGAAAGCUGCUUAUGUAUCCCCGUACAGGCGGAACCAACCAGCUACUAAAAAAAUUGCAGUGCCAACUCCUGCCAAAGCUACGCCAAAACCAUCAGCAAAACCCUCAACGUUGCCAAAAUCUUCUGUAACUAGCAAAGCAAAAACGCCUCCGAAACCGGCGAGCGCUAAUUCAUCCCCAAAAAAAUCUUUACCCAAUAAAUCUCCGAUAAAAGUUCAAAGAGCUAUUCCAGUACCUCCACCCGCCAGCAAACCUUUACCGUUAGUGCGACAAGGUACUUUCACAAAGGAAGAGAGCUCCGUCCCUCCUGAAGAUCUUCCGAUUCCAGAUACAAAAGUUACAGCAAAUCCAGGUGGGCCCAUUUCUCCAGUGAAGACAGCAGCUAAUACUUCCCCUUCACGGCUUCCUCAAUUUAGCCGCACCAGACCGCCGAUGGCGAAAACAAGUACAAAUCAAACGAAGCAAAACAAAACCACGAAACGAAACUCUGAACCGAUGAUGAAGAACUCCCCCUCUAACCACAGCUUGCAGAGCAACGACAGUGGCAAGACCAUUGUGCUCGCGCGGGGUUCACGCCAUGGCAGUACUUCCAGCGUCAACUCGACAACGUCUAAAACUAACGUGGAGAGUAAAAUAGCGAACUUAUGGAAGAAAGUUGAGCAUACUAAGAAGUUGCCCGCGAAGAAUGACCAAAAGCCAAGCGGUAAAGAACCGCCAAAACUUAUAAGAAGCUCAACGUUCGAAGGUCAGCCUAAGCAGAACCAGGUGACGACGGCCGCUAAACAGAAAACCGCAAUCGGUAUUAAGGUGUCGCAAAUACCCAGCUUGAGACCCAAGUCUACGCCAUCAGCAAAGACUGCGAACACUUCUCCGAAAAAAACAAUAGUGAGAAGUUUUUUGAAAAAACCAGGUGGGCCAAUAAUAUCAUGAUUAAGUUAGAUCUAUACAUAGAUUAGGUUGAAAUUUCAGUCGUCCUGAUUUAAUUCUGAAGAAAACCAGUGCAAUAGUCAAUGAUAAGACUAUAUUAUGAUAUUUAGAUUUUAAAAUAUGUAGAACCACUUUAGAUAUCAACUAUCAACAGAGAAUACAUAUUUAUUUCUUUAUAUACUUGUUGAUUUUGAAUCACUUUUAUUUUAUUCAUUUAAGCUGACGUGUUUGUUACGGUCUUAUAUGAUAUUGAAAACAUUUUUUGUAUAUGUGUUGCAUUUAUAUAAUAUGGUAAUAUUUUUCCUCGACUUUGUAGUUGUAAGUUGGAAAAUGAUAGUAACAAAUUGUGCUGAAAAUUGUCUACACUUGCUUAAUUGUAUCAGAUUAGCGGUUCAGUAACAUGAGCUUAUUUGUCCGCUGAAUCAAAUCUUUCACAUCUGUAAAUACACUUUUUACAUUAGUUAAGGUUACCAUUUUGCAUAUUUGUAUAUUUUCCAUAAUCGUAUUAAUAAGUUUAAGAUGCAUUAAGGGUAAAAACUAUGAUAUACUGAGUUAUGUCUUACUUUUUACAUCUAGUCAAAUUGUUAAAUAAGCGAGGGUAGUUUUGAUAUUUGGUAACGCGUAAGUUUAAUUGUUUCCUUCGCUAUUGGGCCAGCUUUGCGAUAGUUAACUCUAACUUCGUAUAAAUUAAUCAUAUUUUCUUAUAACCAGUAAGUAUAUACUUCCAAUAUCAUUUUCCACUGUGUAGAACUGAUUUACUUUAGCCGUGGGUAGUUACAGCAGUUUGUGAAACCAGUUUAGAUUAUUGUGUCUUUAGUUUGUAACGUACGUAUCGAUAGUAAUAAAUAAUUAAAAUUA